AUGUUGGUGAGUGAUGUUUUAGAAUACGAGAAAAAGAGGUUACGCACAGAAUGUAUGGAAAAAUGUUUGUAUCACGGGUCUGGUUCUGCAUCACCUAUGGCUUUGUUUGGGUCUGGUGCUGAGAUAAAGCAUCUGGAACUCGAGAAGCAUUCCCUGAGUGUUGAUGUGUAUCACUCAAACAUAAAUGCAAUUGAUGACAAGGAGCUCCUGAUGUUUUUUGAAAAGAAUACCUCAGGUUCUAUAUGUGCUGUGUACAAGUUCCAAGGAAUGGGGAAGGAUCCUCCAGAUAGAGAAAAGUGGGGCAAGAUAACAUUUUUGUCCCCUGAUGCUGCCAAAAGAGCCGUUGAGCUGGAUGGAGACGAGUUUUGCGGCUCGAACUUGAAAAUACUUCCUUCACAAUCAGCUAUGGGAGGGGAUAAAACAUUUUUAUUUCCUGAAGUUAAAGCAAGAAUUUUCUGGCCUCGCAGACUUAGCAGAGGAUUUGGCAUAGUUAUAUGUGAUAAAAAUGAUGUCAAUUUCAUGUUGAGAGAUUUUUAUAACCUUGCAAUUGGAGGGAGGUAUGUUCGUUGUGCACCUAGUAAUAAGUCAAUGGACGGUAUUAUGAUAAGUGGGCUUGACAGAGAGCUUCAAGAAACAGAAAUUUUGGAUGUACUAAGAAAUGCUACAAGUAGAAGGAUUCUGGACUUUUUUGUGGUGAGGGGAGAGGCUGUUGGAAAUCCACCCUGCAGUGCCUGCGAAGAGGCACUCUUUAAAGUAAUUUCCCCCUUAAUGCCCAAGGUAGACCCUCAUAUUAGUUCUUGCCGUGUUCAGGUAUUUCCACCUGAGCCAAAGGAUUCUUACAUGAGAGCUUUAAUUAAUUUUGAUGGAAGAUUACAUUUAGAAGCAGCUAAAGCUUUGGAAGAAAUUGAAGGAAAGGUAUUACCCGGAUGUCUUUCAUGGCAAAAGAUAAUGUGUGAACAGUUGUUUCAUAGCUCCUUGAUAUUUCCUGCACCAGUGUAUCACGUGAUUGCGGAACAAUUGGAAAAAAUACUUGCAAACUUCAACAAUUUAAAUGGUCUUGAGUGGAACCUAAACAGAACUGCUAAUGGUUCCCACCGACUGAAGAUAACAGCCAAUGCCACCAAGACAGUGGCAGAAGUUAGGAGACCUCUGGAAGAACUGUCGAGAGGAAAACUCAUUGACCAUGGAAGCCUUCCUCCCGCAGCUCUACAACUCAUUUUGUCCAGAGAGGGCAUUAGUCUUAAAUGCUCCAUACAGCAAGAGACCAAAACAUACAUAGUUUUUGAUUGGCCCAGCCUGAACUUAAGAAUUUUUGGUUCACCAGAAAAGAUUGCUUUGGCUCAGCAGAAGUUAAUUCAAUCUCUACUCUCCCUCCAUGAAGAAAAGCAGUUAGUAAUCCCUCUGAGAGGGAGGGACCUACCUCCCGACUUGAUGAAACAAGUGGUUAAGACUUUUGGGCCAGAUCUUCAAGGGCUAAAAGAGAAGGUACCUGGGGCUGAUCUCAAACUUAACACACGCCAACAGGCAAUUUUUCUCAAUGGUAACAAGGAGUUGAAACCAAGAGUAGAGGAAAUAACUUUGGAGGUUGCGUGUUCAAGCAUUCAUUUAGUUGAGAGACUCGACACAGGACCUAGUUGCCCAGUUUGCUUGUGUGAGGUUGAGGAUGGAUAUCAACUUGAAGGCUGUCGUCAUUUGUUCUGCCGGUUGUGUCUGGUUGAGCAGUGUGAAUCUGCUAUAAGAAACCAAGGCAGUUUCCCAAUAUGUUGUGCUCACACGGGCUGUGGAGAUCCUAUUCUGCUUACAGAUUUCAGAACUCUCCUGUCAAAUGACAAGUUAGAUGAACUUUUCAGGGCUUCUUUGCGAGCUUUUGUAGCUUCGAGUUCAGGAACUUAUAGGUUUUGCCCGUCUCCCGACUGCCCCUCAAUUUAUCGAGUUGCAGAUCCCGACACAGGUAGUGAGCCAUUUACUUGCGGAGCAUGUUAUUCAGACACUUGUACCAAGUGCCACUUAGAGUAUCAUCCAUUCGUUUCAUGCGAGAGAUACCGGGAGCUUAAAGAUGACCCAGAGAUCACAUCUCUGAGGGAGUGGUGUAAAGGGAAAGAACAAGUCAAGAGCUGCUCUGCUUGUGGGCAAAUAAUUGAAAAGGUUGAUGGGUGCAAUCACAUUGAGUGCAAGUGCGGAAAACAUGUCUGCUGGGUUUGCUUGGAAAUAUUUUUAGAAAGUGAUGAAUGUUAUGAUCAUAUGAGAACUAUACACUUAUCCAUAUAAAUUGCUAUUUGUGUGGUGAUUGUAAGUUUAGUAUAGUGGUAUAUAAUAUUAUGUGCAUAGGCGUUGGAAAAUGCAAAGAUGUGAACUAAUGUAUAUAUAAUAGCAGUUCUGCACUACUCUGUACCCAUCUUGUACACGAGAUUUCUUUAAUAUAAGUUUGCAUCAUUUGGGUCC